GUCUUAAGGACACAUCAUCUUUUGUUCGCAUACCCUGGGACCUGCUGGGGCUGUUUGAUAAUUCCGUUUAAAACAGCAUAGUCAAAAAUGGACAGCCAUCUUGCUUUACUUUGUUUUGUUUGCGUCUUUUCGCUGGGUGCUGCAGUAGAUUCAACUUGGCAACCGAAAGCAACAGGGGCGGACGUUGUUGAAGCGGUGGUCAACAUUAUCCAAGAAUCUUGUUUAUUUGCCGAAGACAGAAGAUUUUUGCGGCGACUGGCAUAUGUUGAAUCGCAAGAUGGAUCGUCUCCAAACACAUUUAGACCAGGAUACUAUGGUGGAAUUUGGCAGGUUGAUCAUUCAGCAUUCUCAGAAACCCAGAAUAACUCUGCCCUGCAAUCACAAUACAGUAUUAUACAAAAUGUAUUUGGUAUCAACUGGGACAAAGUCUCUUGGUCGGACCUUCACAAACCUUUGUAUUCCGGGAUCGCUGCCGCUCUAUUCACCAUUCUUAAAAGUGGCUAUUCCGGUCUCAGCUGGAAAGAAGAGGAGCAGGGCCAUUUCUGGGCACGCAACUUCCAUGGUGGUAGUACAGCUACGAACUUCAGGGAAAUGGCACAGAUACUAGAUUUGGGAUGUACAACAAAUCAUGAAAUUGACAUUGUCUUUGUGCUUGACUCGUCUAACAGCCUUAGUGGUGACGAUUUCAUACAUUCAAAGAGAUUCAUUAGCCGGGUUGUGGAUGCGUUCAUAAUUUCGCCUGUCAUGACACAAGUUGGUGUAGUGACAUACUCUUCUCAUGCACAUGUCGAAUUUGACCUAAAUGAUCACAGAUCGAAGGUGGACGUACAGAAUGCUAUAGAUAAUAUAACUCGUAGAUUUGGCAGUACUGCAACUGAUGAAGGGAUUGACAAGGCUUUGUAUAACGUCUUCAGUCCUAGUUACGGAGCAAGACCAGAUGUUGUUAAGGUACUGGUUGUUAUAACCGACGGAGAAAGUGACGACUAUCUGAACACAAAGAAUGCCGCCGACAGGGUCCAUGCCAACGCUAUUGUUACGUUUUCUAUAGGAGUUGGUAACAAUGUUGUUAAAAAGGAACUCGACACUAUAGCCACAGAUCCAGAUUGCACGCAUGCGUACACGGUCAGUUCAUUCCAAGAAAUCAAGUACAUGAAGGAGAAAAUACAGAAGGCGAUAUGCAUAGCACCACUGUUUAUCAAUACGACCAACAGCUGUGAGAUAAGUAAAUGUCCGCCACUAGCUGUUCUCACCGGUACAAAUAGCACAACCAUAAAGACUAACAUCUCGUGCGGCGGUAUGAACAUUUAUUCGUCGAUAACCAACCCCUACCCAACAAAGGCACAGUAUGAAUACCUACAGCAAUCUCUAGCUUCUUAUCCAUCAAAGACCUUUUUCAACACCAAUGGGAAAACGUUGUUUAUAAACUUGAAGGACAACCAGUAUGACCUUGGAGGUUAUAACGGAAGUACCGGAUGUUUUGCAACCAUUACACCGUACUCUAAUCUGAUGCCUAGUUACGGGUAUUCAAACCAGAAUUACCAAGCACCGUGUACCAAAGCCAACGUCCUGGCUGGGUUGCUGUUGUUCCGGUACAAAUACAACGACCACAACUAUAUCCAAUGUGACCUCUUGGGCAAACAGUAUCUGCAUGACUGCUACCCGGACUACUAUGAUCCUUACAAGCACACGUGCGUAGGUAGCCCCGUGUCCCCCGCAAUUGUUGGAUAGAUGUAAACAAGAAGUUGGGAUGUGUUGACAAUGUAUAUUAGACUUUCCUGAAACGACUGGAAUCUGAUCUUGUCCUUCUUUAUAGUUCCCAAUCAUGCCUAUGUCAAUGAUGUACAUCAUAUGUAAUUUUAAUGAAGCACAGAAAUUAAAAUUCUGAAUA